ACUGCCGGAGGCUAUCGUACUCGAAGACACCUAGCGAGCUAAUGCCUUCAGCACAUAGCUUUUCUUCUGCGCCCGCCGCAGCGGGCGCAGGUAUUCCCGUUCGCGCCAGAGGCGCCUGCGGGAGGUUGCGGGUUUCGCGACUCGUUGCGACGAGUCCGCCGGUUGGAAUGCUGCAUAAGCAGCGUCAGGCCGGUGAUGACGUCGGUGGCUUCGUCUCGCGCACCGACGUACUAGGUGCUGCACGCUUCAGGUGA